CGGCGAGCUUCCCUGUGGGAGGCGGUUCUAGCUGCUCCUUUGCCCACACCAAAGAUGGCGGCUGCCGCGGCGAGCCUGAGGCGUGCGGGUUGGGGGCUGCUCCGCUGCCAGGCUGUCUUCAGGCACCAGCUAUACCCAGCGCAACGUGCUAUCCAUGCUGCAGCUGUGCUGCAGAGAGCUUCAGAUGAGCAGAAGCAGCACUCCUCUCACUCUCCCACCCAGCAGCAUUUGGAGUCUGAGCCAGUGGGGGAGCAGCAUGAUCAGGAGCAUCCAUACCCGACCCCCAGUUACACAGAUCAGGGUGGUGAAGAAUCAGAGGACUAUGAAAGUGAGGAGCACUUGCAGCAUCGGAUCCUGACAGCAGCUCUGGAGUUUGUCCCUACUCAUGGCUGGACAACGGAUGCUAUUGCAGAGGGAGCCAAGUCACUGGGUCUCUCUGUUGCUGCAGCAGGGCUUUUUCACAACGAUGGCAGCGAACUGAUCCUGCACUUUGUGUCUCAGUGUAACUCCAAACUCUCUGAACUUCUGGAGGAGCAGCACAAGCUGGUGCAGCUGGGCCAAGCAGAGAAGAAGAAGACAGACCAGUUUCUAAAGGAUGCUUUGGAGGCCCGGCUGAGGAUGCUGGUUCCAUAUAUUGAAAAAUGGCCCCAGGCUAUUAGUGUGCUGUUGCUGCCACACAAUAUCCCAGCCAGCCUAAACCUCCUGACAAGCAUGGUGGAUGACAUGUGGCAUUAUGCAGGAGAUCAGUCCACUGAUAUAAACUGGUACACUCGUCGAGCAGUCCUCGCUGGCAUUUACAAUACUACAGAGCUGGUGAUGAUUCAGGACUCCUCUCCUGACUUUGAGGACACUUGGUCCUUCCUACAAAACAGAAUAGCUGAUGCCAUGAACAUGGGCCACACAGCUAAACAGGUGCAAGCAACAGGUGAAGCCCUCAUCCAGGGACUUAUGGGUGCCGCUGUUACUAUAAAGAAUCUCACAGGACUGAACCAGCGUCGAUGAGAUGGAAGAGCUGGGGGGAGUCAGCAUCUUUCCCAAGACCUGUGAAGAAAAAGGGAUGUGGUGCCGAGGAACCCCAUCACAAGAACUCUAAACUGUUGUCACAACUUUUCUAGUACCAUUUUUCUGAUAUACACAGAGAUCGACAGCCUAGCAUAAGAACCCGCUUCUUCUGGGCCAUGUGAAUGUCAUGACUAGGUUUUCUGGUGUUGGUUUCUCUCCCGAUGUUUGACCCAACCAGCAAAAAGGAACAAGUUGGGUCCAUUUUUAGAAAAUAGUAUGAAUGAAGGUUGGUAACCCAAAAUGUGUUGUUUUCACUCUCCCACUGAAUAUGCCAUCUCUGGCUCAAAGAGGGUUAUACAUCAUUGGUGGACCUAGUGAGGAGCAGUGUGUGCCAAAUUGUAUGAGUUCGUUCCAUAUACACAUACUCAGGAGAGAAUACAUUGCUGCAGGCUCCUGUUGAUGUAUCAUCGCUGCUUUCCAUUCUCUUCCAGGACUAAUUACAUGAAAGGUGACAACAACUGUCAGCUCAAAGUCCAGCUGUCUAAUGGCUGUAUGCUGACAGUAGAUUCAGAGCUCUGUUGUGAAUGUAUAAUUUCCUCUGUUCCUGGACACUGGCAUGUUUGUGACUUAAUAAUAAACACAUUCAAAUGGU